UUAUCCAGAAGAAGUUUCCCCUCAGUUAGGGGGGAGCUCCACUUUGAAGCAGGAGACUCCACAACCACCCUGCAUUAAAAAGGAAGAGGAGGAACUCUGCAUCACUCAGGAGGGAGAGUGUCUUCUAGGACGAGAGAAAGCUGAUUACACCAAGUUUCCACUGAGUAUUCUCUCUGUGAAGACUGAAGAUGAUGAAGAGAAACCACAAGUAGACAACCUCUUAGCUCCACUAUCAGAUAGUGAGGCUGAAGACGAGGUUGAAGAACCUUUGAGCAGCGAUAAAGACUGUGAGGGUGAUAUGAGGACUCACACUGACAACAAACACUCUGAAUGCUCUACAAAGAAGAGAGGUAAAACAUGUUUGAGCUGCUCAGUUUGUGCUGAAAGUUUUACUAAAAAGAGCCGUUUGACUCGACACAUGAGAACACACACAGGUGAAAAACCAUUUAAUUGUUCAGUUUGUGGCAACAGCUUUUCUCAAAAUAGCAAUUUGACUCAACACAUGAGAACACACACAGGUGAAAAACCAUUUAAUUGUUCAGUUUGUGGCAAAAGCUGUUCUGUUAAGAGUAAUUUGACUGAACACAUGAGAACACACACAGGUGAAAAACCCUUUAAUUGUUCAGUUUGUGGCAAAAGCUGUUCUGUUAAGAGUAAUUUGACUGAACACAUGAGAACACACACAGGUGAAAAACCCUUUAAUUGUUCAGUUUGUGGCAACAGCUUUUCUCAAAAUAGCCAUUUGACUCAACACAUGAGAACACACACAGGAGAAAGACCAUUUAAUUGUUCAGUUUGUAGCAAAAGCUUUUCUCAAAAUAGCUCUUUGACUCAACACAUGAGAACACACACUGGUGAAAAACCAUUUAAUUGUUCAGUUUGUGGCAAAAGCUUUUCUGUUCAGAGAAUAUUGACUCGACACAUGAGAACACACACAGGAGAAAGACCAUUUAAUUGUUCAGUUUGUGGUAAAUACUUUCGUCAAAACAGCUCUUUGUGUCGACACAUGAGAACACACACUGGAGAAAAAAACAUUUACUGCUCAGUUUGUGCUGAAAGUUUCACUACAAAGUUCAAUUUGACUCGGCACAUGAGAACACACACAGGAGAAAAACCAUUUAAUUGUUCAGUUUGUAGCAAAAGCUUUAAUCAAAAUAGCUUGUUGAGUCGACACAUGAGAACACACACAGGUGAAAAACCAUUUAAUUGUUCGGUUUGUGGCAAAAGUUUUUCUCAAAAUAGCAUGUUGACUCAGCACAUGAGAAGACACACAGGUGAAAAACCUUUUGCUUGUUCAGCUUGUGGCAAAAGCUUUUCUCGAAAUAGCUCUUUGACUCAACACAUGAGAACACACACAGGAGAAAAAACAUUUAAUUGUUCAGUUUGUGGCAACAGCUUUUCUCAAAAAAGCUCUUUGACUCAACACAUGAGAACACACACAGGAGAAAAACCAUUUAAUUGUUCAGUUUGUGGCAAAAGCUUUUCUCGAAAUACCUCUUUGACUGAACACAUGAGAACACACACAGGUGAAAAACCAUUUAAUUGUUCAGUUUGUGGCAAAAGCUUGUCUGUUAACAGAUAUUUGACUGAACACAUGAGAACACACACAGGUGAAAAACCAUUUAGCUGUUCAGUUUGUGGCAAAAGCUUUUCUUUUAAGGGUGGUUUGAUAGAUCACAUGAGAACACACACUGAUGAAAAACCAUAUAAGUGUUCAGUUUGUGGCAAAAGCUUUUCUGUUAAGAGAAUAUUGACUCAACACAUGAGAACACACUGGAGAAAAAACAUUUAGUUGGUCAGUGUGCUGUAAAAGGUUCGCACUUAAUGCAGAUGCAGUAAGUAACUCAUGUCAUGCUGAUGAUCUUGUAAACAACUUUAAUUCCAAAAUUGUGAAUAUCAUAGAUAUCAUUGCGCCUGCUACAGUUAAAACGAUUUCUGGUAAGCAAAAGGCACCCUGGAGAAAAUGUGCUGUUGUAACAGCCCAGAGAAGAGAGUGCAGGAAGGCUCAACGAAUCUGGCGGAAUACAAAACUUCAUAUUCACCAUGACAUCUAUAAAGAGAGUCUCCAGGCCUACGAUUUAGUCUUAAAAAGUUCUAGAGAAACAUUCUUCUCCAAUAUCAUAAACAGCAACGCUAAUAAAGCCAAAACCCUAUUCGCAACCGUUGACAGACUGACCAACCCCCCAACACAAAUACCAGCCGAACUCCAUUCCACGCAGAAAUGCAAUGAGUUUGCAUUCUUUUAUACUGAUAAAAUGGAAGGCAUCAGAAGCGCCAUCAAUAUCUCAAGCAAAAGAGUUGGAUCACCAAAAGUAACAGCAUUGAUGGCAAGCUUUAAUGCCAUAGACUCUAUAACUCUAUUGGAAACGGUGACAGCUCUAAAGUCAUCCACCUGCUGCCUUGAUGUUUUACCUUCCAACUUCUUUAAGAAUGUUUUUGACUGCCUAUCAACAGGCGUAUUGCAAAUAGUUAAUAAUUCUAUUCAAUCAGGCAAUUUCCCGAAGGCUUUCAAAACUGCAGUCAUUAAACCUCUUCUAAAAAAGCAGAGCCUAGAUGCCUCUGUUAUCAACAACUACAGACCAAUUUCAAAUCUACCAUUCAUAAGUAAAAUAAUUGAGAAAGUUGUCCUCCAACAACUAAAUCACUUCUUGGCUUCUACUGGC